AUGUCUACAGCAGAACUUCGCUUUGCAAAUCAAUUUGAAAUAAUUCGUAGCGAAGAAAAGGAUCGUUAUAUGAUAGGUCAAUUAUCACAACAAUUAGAUGAACUUUAUACAAAAUUAUUUGGUUUAAAUAAUUUUCAUAUUUAUCAACCAUAUAUACAUCGUUUAAGUGGAUUUUUAUAUUAUUUAACAACAACAUUAUCAAAUCGACAAACAAUUGGUGAAGAAUAUGUUUGUUUAAUACAAUAUGAUCCUAUUAAAAAACAAAUACCAUCAAUAAUUCGUCGUUUAUUUAUGAUUUUUUUUCGAAUAUUUGGUGAUUUAAUAUCAAAAUAUAUUCUUACAUCAUUAAUUAUUCGUCCAAUAGCUGAAGAUUUUUUUCAUCCAAAAUUAUCAUUAGAAACAAUUGAACGUAUUUCUCAUUUUUUAAUAACAUUUAUUGAACGAACACAUAAAAUAGUUUUUUAUUUAACUGGUUAUUAUUAUAAUAUAAGUAAAAUUCUAACACGUAUUCGAUAUCUUAUUUAUACUCGUUCAACAUCUGAAAGUAUAUUAAUACAAACAAAAUUUAAUCAAACAAUGAAAUUACUUAGUUUAUGUCUUUGUAUUCAACAUAUUAUUGAAUCUUAUACAUUAUUAAAACAAAUUGCUUUAUCUAUAAGUCAACAUCGUCAUCAAUUAAAUUUAAUAACUGAAGAAGAAAAACAAACGAAAAUCAUAUCUGAAGAUAUAACAUCUUCAACAGAUUAUGUUCGAUGUCCAUUAUGUUAUGAAUUAGCUAUAUCAAAUGUUGCACUUGUACCUGAAUGUGGUCAUGUUUUUUGUUGGCAAUGUAUACAUACAUGGGUUGCUGAAAAUCAAACAUGUCCACUAUGUAAAACAAAUACUAUGCAAUCUCGUAUUGUUCAUUUGAUUAAUUAUUGA